ACCAUUACGUGAUGUUUACUUGCCCCUAUAGAAACAACCGUAAUGUAAUUGUUCACAGCUGGCUCGUUGGUACAGUACAGUUCUACUUUCAGCAUGUAGAUUUCUAUGGCUUCCCACACUUUCUUGCUUUCGUGGAGGUCAUGAAGGAACAUGACGCAGCUGGCCAUGACUUAUCAGUACCUAUCGUCAAACAAUGGUCACAAAGCACCUGUACACUAGGCCACCAAAUGCAACUGACUUAUGCAGUUAUAAGUGUAAAUGACAUUUGUCAUCAAGUUGGUCUGGUCCAAUACCCACCAAAUGGAAACCAGUUUUAUGUAAUCGUGCCCUAUUAUAUUUUUAACAACAACAUGUGCAUUACUAAAGGCAAUCUUUCUAUUCUGUAAUCCUUUUUAUUUUUAUCUUAUUUUUCUAUAUGCUCUAUAUUCUUAUAUCUUUUAUAUUUUUUAUAUCAUUCUUGUAUCUUAUAUUCUUUUUUUAAUUUUCUCUAUUUCUUAUGUUUUUUUUCAAUCUCUAUAUGCCCCGUCUUUCUUUUCUUCUUUAUAUACUCUAGUUUUUUUUCUAUUCUCUAUACACCUUAUGCUUUUCUCUUCAUUCCCUAUAUGCUCUAUAUGUUAUUACGCGAUUUAAAUAAAAUCAAAUUGCUAAUUCAUCAAG